ACGUAAACGACAAAAUCAAGAUGGUGCUUGAAAGUACUAUGGUUUGUGUGGACAACAGUGAGUAUAUGAGAAAUGGAGACUUCCUGCCCACUCGGCUGCAGGCUCAGCAGGAUGCAGUUAAUAUCGUUUGUCAUUCCAAGACUCGCAGUAAUCCAGAAAACAACGUGGGCCUCAUCACCAUGGCAAACAACUGUGAGGUGCUGACCACACUGACUCCGGAUACAGGGAGGAUACUGUCCAAGCUGCAUGCCGUGCAGCCUCGAGGCAACAUUAGUUUCUGCACUGGCAUCAGGGUGGCACAUCUGGCUCUGAAGCACAGGCAGGGCAAAAACCACAAGAUGCGCAUUAUUGCAUUUGUUGGCAGCCCAGUGGAGGACAACGAAAAAGAUUUGGUCAAAAUGGCAAAGCGUUUGAAGAAAGAAAAAGUCCAUGUGGAUAUCAUUAACUUUGGCGAGGAGGAAAUGAACACAGAGAAGCUGACGACCUUUAUCAACACGCUGAAUGGUAAAGAGGGAGCAGGCUCCCACCUGGUCACGGUACCUCCAGGGCCCAGUCUGGCUGAUGCCCUGCUGUCUUCACCCAUCCUGGCAGGGGAAGGAGGCGCCGCGUUGGGCCUGGGUGCCAGCGACUUCGAGUUUGGAGUGGAUCCUAGUGCAGACCCCGAACUGGCACUGGCUCUUCGUGUGUCCAUGGAGGAGCAGAGACAACGGCAGGAGGAUGAAGCUCGCAGAGCAGCUGUAGCAUCAGCAGCUGAAGCCAGCGUCUCCUCUCCUGCAGCAGACGAGUCGGAUGAUGCCCUGUUGAAGGUGUCUGUUCCACAAAUGGACUCGACCACUCCUGCUCUGCCAGACUUCAGCCGCAUGACGGAAGACGAACAGAUCGCCUACGCUCUGCAGAUGUCCAUGCAGGGAGCAGGAGCAGAGUUUGGUGCUGAGGACAUGGACACGGGCGGUGAUGUGGAUCCCAGUGAGACUAAGGAUGAAGAGGACUAUGACGUGAUGCAGGAUCCAGAGUUCCUUCAGAGCGUUUUAGAAAACCUUCCUGGGGUCGACCCCAACAAUGAGGCUAUCCGUAACGCCAUGGGCUCUCUGGCUUCCCAGGCAGGCUCGAAACCAGACGCCAAGAAGGACGAGGAGAAAAAGAAAUGAGCAUCGAGAAAGAAAUGUUUGAUGUACUGUAUGAUGAAUAAGAGAUCUGAGAGUUGCACAGUAAGAAUGCUUCUCUUCCCAGCAGAGAACAAGUCUUCUAUCUUUUCUUUGUUUCUCUGUAAACUCUUAUGACCUGAACUUUUCUUUUCUGUGUCAAGCGCAUGUGCUCGAGUUUUCUUUUUGUAAUAUAACUUCU